GGCGCCCUGCACGGAAAACAAUCACAAGCAAGGCAAAUUGGAAUUGUAUCCUAUGUACUCCACAUAAGACGUCAAUAUAACGGUUAUUGACAUUAACGCUUGGUCGUAAAUUGCCUCUUUAACAUUGUAUGCAUAUUUUGAUCAUUUAGCAUGAAACAGAGUGAAAACUUCCUUGACAGUCCCGCAGUGCACUAGACGUCCCGUUCCCAUCAAGUCGCGAGGCGUCCAUCGCGCUCCAGUCCCUCUCCCCAGACCGCGAGCCCCGGAAAGGAGGCAUCAGCAAGGAGCUCACGGUGUCCGGCAGCACGCUGUCUGUGUGAGUGUCUGCUGUGUGUUCGCGUGUACUACCACCAAGUGUAAUCAAUGGUGUAAGUGUGUAUGGUGGUACUACUGUAUACGAGGUUGUUGAGUUGUAUCAUUCUGACCGUCCAUGUGAUGCUUUCUCCUUCAUCUCCUGUCUCUUCCGUCUCUCUUUCCAUCAGGAGGUGGAGAGCCGAUGAGGCCCGUAUUCUGCGUGUCUCUGUGGGGUCGUUUAUGGACCACCUCUCCCUUGUGAUGGAGACCAUGGAGGCCUUUGGACCCCCUGUCUCUGUGACCACACAAACACACAGCUGCUCUACAAUGACAUGAUGACCAGAGGGAAAGAAGAGAAUCCCAGUACAGAUGGACACACGUGUCCCAAUUUCGGUUAUCCUAUUCAAAUAAGGGACCUGGAACAAAAAACAAAGUACAAGUGCUAUUUUAGACAGAUGGGAAUUGCCUUAUUUCAGUGACAGAUGGAUAGACUAUUUCUUUGUUUAGAUUUGUCUGUAUUAAUUAGGUUGUAUUUUGGUUGUAUUGUGGAAUAAACUUUCUAUUUUUC